AUGAGGCUGCUGGCUCUGGUGAACAUGGGCCAUUUGGAGCCAACCGAUGUUCUUGAAGAGUACCUCAAUUCUCCCUUGGUACCCACUGAUGAUCCUAUUGGGUACUGGAAUUCCUUCUCGACCACUCCCCGUACUGCCCCUCUUGCUCGCAUGGCUCUUGAUGUCCUCUCUUGCCCUGCUGCUUCAACAGACCUUGAGACUGGUUUCUCCCGUGGAGGCCUCACCGUUUUGAAGCUUCGCCACUCUAUCUGA